AUUGACUCGUUCAGUUUCACUUUUGUCAGGGUAGAGAAAAAAUGUAAUCUUGUUUUUAAAAAAAGAGAAUAUAGCACACAUAUGACCUUUUUUGCAGAGGAGUUUAGCAAGAAUUUGAUACCUUCCUCCAUAUAUAAGGUUGGUAUUUUUGUGAAAACCCUACCGGUAUCUAUGUGACAUGGCAAAGAAAGGGAUUACUUCUUGCUGAGGCCAUCAAAAUGUGACAAAUCACAAAAUGCUAAACCCAAGUAUGUCAAUAUACAGCAGAGAAGGAACUCCACAACUGCUGACUACCGGAUUUGAACUAGGUUCUGGCCUAAGUGUCAGGAUCCCCUCGACUCCAGGAUGGUCAGGUAGGAUUUGGGCAAGAACAGGCUGUACAUUUGAUCAGACAGGACUUGGUGUCUGUCAAACAGGAGAUUGCGGCGGAAGGCUAGAGUGCAGCGGAGCUGGUGCAACACCUCCAGCAUCCCUUUUCGAGAUAACUAUGGGGAAGGGAGACGACAAAGAUUUCUACGAUGUUAGCAUCGUGGAUGGAUAUAAUCUGCCUCUCAUUGCUACACCUCAGACAGACAUAGGUGGAUGCAAUGCAACUGGUUGUGUUUAUGAUCUCAAUCUAGGUUGCCUGAAAGAGCUGCAGGUAGUGCAGCGUCUCAAUGAGGCUGGUGUUAUUGGUUGUAAGAGUGCAUGUGAGGCAUUUGCAUUAGAUCAGUACUGCUGUGCUGGUGAGUUUGCAAAUCCAAACACUUGCAGACCUUCUGUAUACUCCACAAUCUUCAAAAGGGCUUGCCCCAGGGCAUACAGCUAUGCUUUUGAUGACGGCACCAGUACUUUCACUUGCAAAGCAAUCGAAUAUAACAUCACUUUCUGCCCUACACAAAUCGGAAUGGGGAGGCAAGAUGAUGGAGUCAAUUCUGAGCCUCUACGUGACAACAGUUACGGAGAGGUUGUGGCAGUGGUUCCCUCCUCUUCGAACAAUCUAGCAUUCCCGAAGUCGGUCAUUCUUCUACUCAUCCUUACAUUUUUCUAGACCGUUUGAGCUCUGGCAUCUGCGCUGCAGUUAUAGGAACUGCAUUUUAUGAAGAAUCUUAUUAGCAAAUCACUCAAGUUAGCCAACAUAGUGGAAAAAUAAUGGAUUGCUAACCCUUCAUGUAAAUUUGUGGAGAAUGUAAGAAGCCGAUAUAGUGUAUAGAAAAUGAUACAAGUAAAUAUCUUGGUUUCUUUGUGAAGUAUUUAUUUACUGUUCUAAAGUUGUGCUUAAUUUUAAAAAUAUUGACAGCAAAAUGUAUAUGUAAGGACUUGGGAGAUCAAAGAUGCCAAAGAUCAUAUGAGAACCUUUUGCCCC